GCAGACCAUGGUGGUGUUGUUGACUUGCAGUUGCCGAAGAAAAAGAAGAAGAGCAGGAGUGCUGUUGUUGUUGUUUGCUGUCUUGUUUUCACUCCUCUGUUGGAACGUUCAUGGCGAAGAUCGGUACGGUGACGACUACUAUGUCAGCGAAGAAGAAGAUGAAGAAGAACCGUAUGACGACGAAGAAGCACCCGAGUAUGACGACAUGAUCGUCGGAGACAUGUGGCACUACUUUGAUUGCUCCUUUAUCUUUAGCCGACCACGACCGGUCCAUUCUGAAACCGAUUGGAAAUCGAUGCGCCAUGCAUAUGCCGCCGUGGUGGGUUUGGAACGAUCCAAUAGGAUUGCCGAAAAAGAUGGAGAUGGCUUUGCCGUUCCCGUCCAAGCGCGAUCGGCCGGUGAUGAGAAGGGUCGCGGGGUGUUUGUGACGACGGCACCCGUCCCAAAGGGACAAUUGGUGUGGUCCACCAGCAUGACAGCACGAUUUGAAAUGGGUAGCGAGUAUCGAGCCUUUUUGGCCAAAAUACGACAAGACUUUGCGUGUGAUGUCCUCCAGUGGGCGUAUGUGCAGUCCAUUUCGGAUCAAUCGGCAGAAGUCGACAAACCGUUGGUCAGUGUCGAUUUGGAUGCGGGAUCUUUCAUCAAUACAGUGACGGAAGAAGACGAAGAGCCCAAUUUAGGAUGUCAUGAACAAGCAGCAUUGGAGCACAAGGGAGGAUGCCAACAGAAUUACUUUGCUCUCAAGGAUAUCCAAGUCGGGGAGGAACUGCUCCUGGAUUAUGGAGAUUUUGCAAUCCGUGAGGGGUGGGAGUGGUUUGGAUUGUAGUCUAGCUAGUUUGAAAACAUCAAAUGUGUACAGAGACAGAUCAUUCUAGAGACACUCAAACGAACAUUUGCCUGGAAUUCUUUCCUGUGGUCUGGCUGAGACAAAAUGCACACUUUCGUAAACUUCGAACAAGUUCCCUCUGGAAGGGUUGCAGCUGCUAUGGCGGGUUGUGGGUGUUUUGAGACGAAUGAAAUAGAAUCUGUGUGCUAGCUAGCUAGGUGAAGUCAAUAACUUAUUGUCAUUCGUACAGUACCACAGCAACUGUAAUCGUCCGAAAACAAAUGAA